UUAUUAUUAUUAUUAUUAUUUUAAGUAAAUGAAGUAUUGUAAGCGUUACAUACACUUUUCCAAACAAAACAAAUUAUUAUUAUUAAUUUUUUUUCGGUUCCUGUUCACUCAGACAAGUCUGUCCAUUUUUUCCUCAAGUUAAUAUUUUACCUUUAGUAUUUGCUGUUGCUUUAAGUGACGUGUAGCAGAUUAAAUCAUGCACAUAUAUUGUUGUGACAGCUGUGAAGUCAGUCUACAAAACACAGCACUGGGAUUCACAUACAUACAGAGAGACUGCACAUUCACUCUUCAGGUGACAAACUUUAGAUUAAUUUUCUUGUUUCAACAUUUUUGUUGUGAUUAUUGGCCAAAGUCUAGGAGUAUUUAAGAUGGUUUCAUUUUUAAAUCUAUAGAAUUUACAUUUGUGGUAAAAACUCUGAAAGGCAGUUAAGUGAACAUAAAAUAACAGAAUAGAAUGUGAAAUACUUUAUUUGAAUUAAUAGAGCCAUUUCAUGUUCUGAAUUAAUUUAAUAUUGGAUUGCAUAUUUAUGUUAUUUGGAUGUAUCAAAGUGACUUAUUAAAAUGACCUGGCUGUAAAUGUUAAAUAUUUAAAAUUGAUGUUCCCAUAAUUUAAAAUUUAGUGGAAUUUCACACAGUUUGAAAACCUAAGUUUUAAGUAGCAUUGGUUGGUUUAAUACAGUCUGAAUUUUAAAUUCUUUUUUCCUACUGAUCACAGCUGCUUCAUUUAUGUUUUGAGUUUUUGAGCUGAGAAGACAAAAAUAGAGAAGAUGAAUAACUCUAUAGUGAACUUCACCACAUCUGUAGACUCCACGACCAUCAGGCUUGUGGAAAUUCUGAACAUUUCUAUGUACAGCAUCAGUUUCCUGUUUGGUCUUCCUACACACUCCUAUGUUAUAUGGCUCAUCAUCAGAGGAUCAGGAAGUGGAUUUGUGUCAGAGUUCUUCAUCCUAAAUCUCUCUGUUUGUGAGAUUUGUAACUCUCUGAAUAGUUUGGUCUGUAUAUUUGACAUAUUUAUUUCAUUUAAACAUUUUGCAACAUUUUUGUCAGGUCUAGCCAUCACUGGUUGUCCUCUAUUUCAGUGUCUGAUCUGUGUUGAGCGUUACCUGGCCGUGGUUCAUCCUGUAACCUUUCUGAAGUACAAACCUCUCAGAUAUAGAGUGAUCUGCUGCACUUCGGCCUGGAUAAUUACUCUUGGCUCCUGCUUAGGCUGCUUGUUUACUUUAGACUUAUUUUAUGUUUAUGUAUGUUUCUUUUCACUGCAGUACCUGCUCUUCAUCUCCUUUCAGUUGUUUUGUCUUGUGGCUGUUCUCAGAGCUCUGAAGCAGUCAGGACCAGGAGAGAGAGUGAGAGAGAGAGAGGAGGAAAACCACAUGAAGAGAAGAGCAUUUUAUCUCAUUCUAAUAACUACUGCGAGCAUGCUUAUUAUAUAUGUGCCAUUUACUAUAACAGGAUUCUAUUUCAUUCUAACACAACAUUACAUUAAGGAACUUUUUUCUUUUAGUAUUAUUUGUAAUGUGUUGUCUGGUUUUGUUCAACCUGUUCUUUAUCUGCACCGGUUGGGAAAACUUUUAUUUUCAUAAAACAUUAAACUUUUUCAAAUUUCUGUCUUUGCUCCCCCCCCCACAAACAUGUUAGUGUGCGCCUAUGUCUUUUAGUAUUAGAGAGAUUCCCUGUCAGCUCUAUUUACUUGUUUUUCCAACAAACAGCUCCAUCUUAUUUUUUUUAUUGUCAAUGUUUGCAUAUUUGAUGGUCAUGUGAUGUGUGGCAGAUGAAGUCAUGCACAUAUAUUCUUGUGGUAGCUGUGAAGUCAGUCUACAAAGCAAAGCAUAGAUUUUUAUACAUAUGCAGAGAGACUGGACAUUCACUCUUCAGGUGACAAACUUUUAAUUAAUUUUCUUACUUUCAGCUUAAUAAUAUUCAAAUUAUUAUUAUAAUUUUUUUUUGUUGUUGUUGUUUAGAUUUUAGAUUUAUAUUUGUUUGCAUUUUUCUUAUGUUAUUUGGAUGCAUCAAAGUGACUUGCAUUAAAAAUGACCUGGCUGUAAAUGUUAAACUUUUUUUUAUUUUUUAUUUUCACUUCUUGUUUCCUGCUGAUCACAGCUGCUAUAUUUGUUUAUAUAUUUAUAAUUUUUUGAGCUGGGAAGACAAAAAACAGAGGAGAUGAAGAACUCUACAGUGAACUUCAUCACACCUGAAAUAUCUGCAAACUCCACAACUGAUCUAAACGUGAUACUGGACAGUCUGAACAUUUGUGUGUACAGCGUUAAUUUCCUGUUUGGUCUUCCUACACACUUCUAUGUUUUAUGGCUCAUCAUCACAGGAACAGGAAGUGGAGUUGCAUCAGAAUUCUUCAUCCUCAAUCUCUCUGUUUGUGAAAUUGGUACCUGUCUGAACUGUUGGUUCUGCAUACUUAAUAGUUUUAUUUCAUUUUCACGUCUCACAACAUUUUUGUCAGGUCUAGGCGUCACUGGUCGUCCUCUGUUUCAGUGUCUGAUCUGUGUUGAGCGUUACCUGGCAGUGGUUCAUCCUGUAACCUUUCUGAAGUACAAACCUCUCAGAUACAGAGUGAUCUGCUGCACUGCUGUCUGGAUACUCACUCUUGGCUCAUGUCUCUACUGCAUGUUUACUAUGGUCUUCUUUUAUAAUUAUGUAUGUUUCUUCUUUCUGCAGUUCUUUCUCUUCCUCUCCAUCCAGUUGUUUUGUCUUGUGGCUGUUCUCAGAGCUCUGAAGCAGUCAGGACCAGGAGAGAGAGGGAGAGAGAGAAAGGAGGAAAACUACACAAAGAGAAGAGCAUUUCAUCUCAUUCUAAUAACUACUGUAAGCUUAUCUAUUAUUUAUGUGCCAUUUACUAUCUCAGGAUUCUCUUUCAUUUUGACACAACAUUAUAUUAAGGAACUUUUUUCUUUUAGUUUUAUUUGUACUGUGCUGGCUGGUUUUAUUCAUCCUGGUCUUUAUCUGCACCGGGUUGGAAAACUUUCCUGUCUUUACUUUCCAUAAAACAUUCUUUUUUUUCUUUUCUUUUUUUUUUUUCAAAUAUCUUUUUUCCUGUUCUUCCAUGACCUCAAAACAUGUUAUUGUGAGCCAAUUUCCUUUAGUAUUAUAUAGAUUCACCAUCAACUCUAUUCUGUGUGUGUUGUUUUAUAGUUGUUUUUUCCAAUAAACAGCUCUGUUUAUAAUUUUUAUUGUUUUUCUUCCAUUUAGUGCAAUAUAAUAUUUCUUUAAACUUGAAAUUCUGUCACAUGCAUUUAUUGGAUAUCUUUAAUUAAAAAAAUAAAAUAGAAUGUGUUGCAGGUAUUAAAUGUUGCACCUUUGUGUGCUGGUUUUAGAUUUAUGAGAAGACUGAUCAUUUUUUUAGCCUAUCAAAAUAAGAUUAAUAAUAACUUUUUUUUUGAAUUAUUCAUUAGACAAUAAUGAAGCACUCUUCCGUGCUGUUAUUUUGUGUGUUGUGUCACAUUUACAAUGGGCUGGAAAACUCUUAUUUUUUUAAACUCAGAAACUAAUAAAGCAAUAAGCCCUAAGAAGUCGUGGCUUACAGUGAAUUUAUAACAGCUAAGGGGCAAGACGUUAGGCAUGAUGCGGAGUGGAAGCGGUUAUAAAUUUACUGUAAACCACGGCUUCACAGGGCUUAUUGCUUUUUAUAAAAUGGUUAUUCCAUAUACGUAGCAAGGUUUCCCAAAAUAAAACAGAGCAAAUAAAGUCUAAUGAUAUUAAUAAAAACAUAAUUCUUCCGCCAAACAAUGUAGUUCCUCAGAAACCAUUGUGGUUGCAGCAAAGUGGUUGAUGAGCAAACACACAGACGUAAACAAAGGUGUAUGUUUGUAGAGUAAUUUACAACAGCGUCGAACACGGCUCGAUCAAUCAGAAUCAAGGACCGGUGUUCUGACGAUUUUGCUACCUGCUCAGAUUGUGCUACCUCCCAUUAAAAAGAGAGGUAGCACAAAUCAAUAGCGAAAAAUGCUACCUAUCAGAUUGUGGUACUAGCAUCUUAUUCAUGUGGUUUGAGGCUGUUUUUUAUUGUCCAUACCUACCCCUACCCAUUCAUACAUACCCUUACUUUAAACAAUGCAAAUAUAUUUUUGGUAGCACAAUCUGAUAGACAAGAUGUUUUGUCAGUACACCAGAACUAUCCGUUUUAUUAACUUUAUUUUAUCCUUUUGUAGCCUAUAACUUCAACCCAUUCUCACUCCCAAGACGUCAAAAACUGAAGCAUGGUCAAACGCCUUUCGCGUCACUAUGAAGACGUCAAAAGUGCCCCUAGGCGUCAGUAUAUGACAAAAUAGGAACUCCAUUGCUUUCCAUUGCUUGCUUUAUGCGUCAGGUCAAGACGCUUAUGGAAAAUGACAACACGUUCUCCUCCGUUGUUUUCAGUUGUUUGUCUUAGUUUAAUGGUUUGCAUGCAUUUGUAAAAAUAUAAAUCAUUUUAUAUACAUUUAUACUUUUAUUGGAGCACCUAACCCACCCCUACCCUAAACCUACCCACUUCUGAACAACAUAAAACACCUAACAGGCAAAUGUAAGUGCAGUCACCGGUAUUUAUUGCAAAAACUGCCCAUAAACAAGCAGUAUAAAAGCAUUACAAACAAGUCGUGCUGCAUUCCAAGUCUUCUGAAGCCAUACGGAGUCUUUAUGAGAAGAAGAGAGCCAAACAUAAGGUUGUAAUCGCUGAAAAUGAUCCCGCUCCGUUAACGCGCUCGCAUCACAUUCAAAAAGAUACUCCCAUCCCGUAGCAUGACGCAAUUGGUCACGAGACACAGAAGAGCCAAUAGCAUUUCACAACCAAGGCUGACAUAAGGCUUCUUCUGGCGGCAUUUUUUUAAUUCACGCACAGACU